ACGUAUGUGAAAUGGUUUGAUACAGUAAUGUUAUACUAUGUGAUUUUAGUGAAUGUCACUUUUUGUCAUUUUCAAAUUUCCCGCCGUUGCGUCCCCCGUACGUCCCGACGCUCGCAGGGGACGAACCCAGAUGACAGAUGCCGGCAUCCGCCGGAUUACAUUGCCGGGGACACUGCAGGAGGGACAUCGUGGGAGAGCAGGACAAGGUAAGUGAUCGAGGGAUCGUGGAGCAGCGCCGCAUAGUAAGCCCGAGUGUAGGUCGGGGUUACCGCUUGUGCUACACUCGGGAAUACCGCCAGGGAGGAUAC